CACCAAAACUUCUCCUGCGCUGCCAGCCCAGGGAGGGGACGCUGACGGGAUGGCCCCAUUCCCUGGCAGCUGCACACGGCGGGCUCGAGGGCAGAUGGGGACAGGGACGGGCUGGGCUCGGUGGUCACCGCCCGUGUCCCCCACCAGGUCACCCCGCUGAGCCAUGAACGCCUCGGUGGCCGGCAGCCAGCUGAGACAGCCCGAGCCCCAGGACGUGGCCGCCUUCACUCCCGUCUCCAUCGUCAAGAGCGUGAGCAAGAAAUCGGACGCGCUGCCCGUGAUCUCGGUGAUCGUGGUGCUGUUCGUGCUGCUGGCCGUGUGCAUCGUGCUGGCGGUGCAUUACGGGCCGCAGCUGCGCACGGUGCAGGCCACGCUGCAGCAGGAGCCCAUGGCCCCACACAUGGACAGCGUGAUCCUCACGGACUGGAGGCGCCUGGAUGGCCACGGGAGGAUGGACUCGGCUGCAGUGACCUGCCACUGCUCCUGCAACCACCACCUUCCCCACGGCACAGCUGAGCCCAAUGUCAUCGAGAUCACCUACCUGUGACACGGCAUGGCUGAGCCCAAUGUCAUCGAGAUCACCUACCUGUGACACAGCCUGGCUGAGCCCAAUGUCAUCGAGAUCACCUACCUGUGACACAGCCUGGCUGAGCCCAAUGUCAUCGAGAUCACCUACCUGUGACACGGCCUGGCUGAGCCCAAUGUCAUCGAGAUCACCUACCUGUGACACAGCCUGGCUGAGCCCAAUGUCAUCGAGAUCACCUACCUGUGACACGGCCCGGCUGAGCUCAAUGUCAUCGAGAUCACCUACCUGUGACACGGACCAGGGCCACCCGGGCAGGGCUCGAGGGACACGUCCCGCUGGAAAGGCUGCGAUGGGAUGUUCGUGUAUCCCACACGCAGGAUCUGCGCCUCCCCAGACCCGUGUCUGGCCCCAGGAAUGCUCAGGAGGUUCAAGACCCAUCUCCAUCCCCCAGAAGUCCAGCCCAGGGGUGCCACUGUCCCCAGGCAGCAGCUGGGUCCCAGCCUGGGCUCUGGAGCUGGCUCAGCCUACUGGGGCAGCCUUAGCAUCCCUUCUGGUUUUGCCUGCUCUGGUUUUACCUGUCCCACGCUGCCUGGGAGUGGCCAGCAGAGCUGCUUCGGUCCUUGCCUCAUCUGGGGAGCUCUGGGGCAGGAGCUGGAAGUUGCAUCAUGUGGAAUUGUUUUCCAGUGAAAGAUGUUUCCACACUCAGGGUGUCCUCGUUACACUGUUUAUAUGAGAAGCUUCCAGGCGCUCUUUGCCUCAUGGCACAGCCCCUUUUCCCACACUGGGGGGCUGGAACAUGGUCCUGCCCCUGCCAGCCCCCCCAGUCCCCCGGGCAAACAGCCAGAGGAGAGGAGGGCAGAGGAAGCGGCUCCUGAUUCAGUGUUGGGUGGAGCCAGUGACAGGGGACAACGUGUCCUGUCCCCCCCAGUAUAGGUGGGUGAGAGAAGAGCAGUGACACAGCAGAGACAGGAGGUGAUAAUGGCACAUCACAGCUGGCUGAACAUCUGGAGGUGCUCAAGUGACUCUGGGCAGAGCCUGCAGCAUCUCUGUGCAAAGGGAUGGGGAGACCUGAGGUCACCCUCACUGUGGUCACCCUCACUGAGGUCACCCUCACCGUGGUCACCUCUCUGUCCCCAUCCCUGACUGCUGUCCGAGGGAAGGAGCGAUGGUGGCGUUGGCAUCCACCAUGCCACCACCACGGUGAUGCUGAGGUGGCUCUGUCACCCUGGGGAGAACCUCACUGAGGCGGCACAGAGGGAUCAGGAGAGGUGAAGCCUGAGCCCUGCAGGCUCCUGGGGGUGUCAGGGCACGGUUCCUGUUCAGCCCUGGGGUCUCUGCUGCUGGAAGCACCGGGAUCUCUGCAGUG